AUGUUUCACCCAUCCCUGCGCGCUCUUUCACCCGUAAUACCGCGGAAUUUAUUCAAUGUGGUUGUCUGUGGUGGGGGCAUUGUUGGAGCAGCGUCGCUGGCCUCACUGCAGCAGCUGCGGUCUCGUUUCCUCUCGGAGAUCAGUAGGGAAGAUUCCACGGCGGCGCAUUCUGUCUACGCAUCCCGUCUCUCUCAGUUACUGCUUGUGGAUUCUGUUCCUCGGCCUCAGUAUGACGCGCAGAAUGUGAUGCACACACUACGCACAGUGAGUUUGACACCCGUUUCAAGCAAGCUGCUGGACAAUCUGGGCUGUUGGCGGCGUCUGCAGACAAAGCAUCCCUAUUACCGUAUCGCUCUCCGACACGAGCAGACCAACUCUCCGUUGUUUCCCAAACAAAACCGUCCUGUGAGUUAUUUUAUGAGUUACCUGCUUGGUGGGAAUGAGGCGACAGCCGAGCCACUCCUUGAGUUUACUGACCUGAAUCGACCGCUUGGAUUUGUCAGCUACAACGCAGAGAUCAAUACCGAGCUCAUUAAUGUUAUCGAGGAUCACCAAAAACUCAACGACGCAAAUGUCGCCAAGGAUCGAAUUGUUUUUGGCUCCACGAUGGCCUCUGUCAGCCUUCCACCACAGGAUGUCGUUGAUGGCGCAUUGGGUGGUGCGGUGCUGCGCAGUACGUCUGGUGAAGAUUUGCUUAAUUUUUCUCUCUUGCUUGGCUGUGACGGACGUGGAAGCUCUUUGAGAGAAUUGUUGGCGACGGGAGCUGUUCAACACGACUACGCACAAACGGCUUACGUCUGCACAGUUCGUUUGGAACGCAUGGAUGAUGGCAAUUCUUGCUGCUUUCAGAACUUUUUCUUGAACGGUGAUGUCAUUGCCAUGCUCCCCUUAUCAGAGGACUCGGCGAACAUAAUCUUCUCCACAACGGCUGCUCGCGCUCGCGAGUUGAUGGCAGCUUCACAAUCUGACCUUGUCUCGGAACUUAAUGGGCGCCUCCAUGCAUUUGCUCCAAAGGACAUUCCUCGCAUUCUUGGGGUCCAUGAGGGGACUGUGAAUGGAAAGCAGGUGCGUGGGCAGGGAACAUUUCCUUUACGACUAAACUUUGUUCUUCGUCCGUAUUCUCCGAGAUGUCUACUUCUUGGUGAUGCUGCUCAUGGUAUCCACCCAUUCGCUGGACAGGGGCUUAAUUUAGGCCUGUACGAUGUUUGUGCGUUGAUAGAAGUUCUGGAAAAGGCUAUUCGAUAUGGACAGGACAUAGGUGGUGUUUGUGCUGUGGGACAACCGUUUGCCUCGGAGAUGAUGCUUCACACCAGCAGUAUGAUCACAGUAAUGGAAGGUAUUUACACUGCUCUUAACGCGGCACCCAGUUUAUCUUGUGCCGGCAUGAAAGUUUUACAAGGUCUUCCUUUGGUGUCUUCGUUUGGGAAGCAGUGUAUUACCAAUUUUUCUUCUGGGGGACUUUUUGCCCGUCGCCACAGCGACUGUUUUCUUCUGUUGUAG